CACUGCUUUUGUGAAUGCAGCGUUCCUGUUUAACCCGCGUCUGUUAACGCCAAUCGGUCAUUCACACAGUCCCCCCCUCCAAACAACCAAUUCAAUCAUUUCUUGGCAAAGCGCCCAAAGGGCAUUUUAUUGCCCAUGCGAAGAAUGCACGGAGACCCAAUGCAACUUUCUCUCUUGGGUGGGGAACAAACAAACCCUGCCCCUUUUCCCCUUCCCUUUCUUCCUCGCUUCCCCGGAUCCCGCCGCCACGCCGUUGGGCGAAACUCCGCGGCGCCGGAGCUUCUCCACGCUCCAGCCUCAACUUCCCAGAAUGCAGCGCGCCUCCCCGAGUCCCCAGUGCGCCGCCAUGUUGUUGAAGUGAAAGGCAGGGGGAGCGGCAGGCAAAGCUAGAGGCCGGGGGGAGGGGGGGGCCGUUGAGAUCCGUCUUCAUCCUACCGUUCCGCCCGUACUGGUGGAAUGAGCGUUGCAUGUGUCUUGAAGAGAAAAGCAGUGCUCUGGCAGGACUCUUUCAGCCCCCACCUGAAACAGCACAGUCAAGAAACAGCUAAUCCCAACAUGCCUGUUGUUUUGACAUCUGGAACAGGGUCCCAGGCUCAGACACAGCCAGCUGCAAAUCAAGCCCUUGCAGCAGGGACCCACUCCAGCCCUGUUCCUGGAUCCAUAGGGGUUGCAGGUCGCUCCCAGGACGACGCAAUGGUGGAUUACUUCUUUCAGAGGCAGCAUGGUGAGCAGCUUGGGGGAGGCGGAAGUGGUGGAGGCAGCUAUAAUAACAGCAAACAUCGGUGGCCUACUGGGGAUAACAUUCAUGCUGAACAUCAGGUUCGAUCCAUGGAUGAAUUAAAUCAUGAUUUUCAAGCACUUGCUUUAGAAGGAAGGGCGAUGGGGGAGCAACUUUUGCCAGGGAAAAAAUUUUGGGAAUCAGAUGAUUCAAGCAAAGAUGGACCAAAAGGAAUAUUUUUGGGCGAUCAAUGGAGAGACAGCGCUUGGGGGACAUCAGAUCAUUCUGUUUCCCAACCAAUCAUGGUUCAGAGAAGACCAGGUCAAGGUUUUCAUGUGAAUAACGAAGUUAAUUCAGUGCUGUCUCCACGAUCGGAAAGUGGUGGGCUUGGCGUUAGCAUGGUAGAAUACGUGUUGAGUUCAUCCCCUGGGGACUCCUGUCUCAGAAAAGGAGGAUUUGGCCCAAGGGAUGCAGAGAAUGAUGACAAUGAUAAAGGAGACAAGAAAAAUAAGGGUACAUUUGAUGGUGAUAAAUUAGGUGAUUUGAAGGAAGAGGGCGACGUAAUGGACAAGGCUAAUGGUUUGCCUGUGCAAAACGGAAUCGAUGCGGAUGCAAAAGAUUUUAGCAGGACACCCGGAAACUGCCAGAACUCUGCCAAUGAUGUGGAUCUUUUAGGGCCAAACCAGAAUGGAUCAGAAAGCUUAGCCCAGUUAGCUAGUACUAAUGGUGCCAAGCCCGUGGAGGAUUUCUCUAACAUGGAGUCCCAGAGUGUUCCUCUGGAUCCCAUGGAGCAUGUGGGCAUGGAGCCACUUCAGUUUGAUUACUCUGGUACCCAGGUUCCUGUGGAUUCUGCUGCGGCAACUGUGGGCUUAUUUGAUUACAACUCACAACAACAGCUGUUCCAAAGACCGAAUGCACUCGCUGUCCAGCAACUGACAGCAGCCCAACAACAGCAAUACGCAUUAGCAGCUGCCCAUCAGCCUCACAUAGGUAUGUUUUCAGCAGGUUUAGCCCCUGCUGCCUUUGUGCCCAACCCUUACAUCAUCAGCGCCGCUCCACCAGGGACGGAUCCCUACGCAGCAGGACUUGCGGCAGCCGCAACUUUAGGGCCUGCCGUUGUCCCCCAUCAAUAUUAUGGAGUAGCUCCCUGGGGAGUAUAUCCCGCCAGUCUUUUCCAGCAACAAGCCGCCGCCGCCGCUGCCACAAACUCCUCCAAUCAACAAACCUCUCAGCAGACCCAACAAGGGCAGCAGCAGGUUCUCCGGGGAGGAGCCAGCCAGCGCCCUUUGACCCCAAAUCAGAACCAACAGGGCCAGCAGACGGAUCCUUUAGUGGCUGCAGCGGCAGUGAAUUCAGCUCUUGCCUUCGGGCAGGGGCUCGCAGCAGGAAUGCCAGGUUACCCAGUCCUGGCUCCUGCCGCCUAUUAUGACCAAACAGGUGCUCUUGUGGUGAAUACGGGGGCAAGGAAUGGCCUCGGAGCUCCGGUACGACUGGUAGCUCCUGCUCCUGUCAUCAUCAGUUCCUCAGCUGCACAAGCGGCGGUUGCAGCUGCUGCAGCUUCAGCAAACGGCGCUGCUGGUGGCCUCGCAGGAACGACCAGUGGACCAUUUCGACCUCUCGGGACUCAACAGCCUCAGCCUCAGCAACAGCCUACCAGCAACUUGGCCUCCAGCUCCUUUUACGGCAACAAUUCCCUAACUAGCAAUUCGCAGAGCAGCUCGCUCUUUUCUCAGGGCUCGGCCCAACCUGCCAACACUUCCCUCGGCUUUGGGAGCAGCAGUUCCCUUGGUGCUACCCUGGGGUCUGCGCUGGGAGGCUUCGGAACAGCAGUUGCCAAUUCCAACACAGGAAGCGGUUCUCGCAGAGAUUCCCUCACAGGCAGCACUGAUCUCUACAAGAGGACAUCCAGCAAUUUGACUCCUAUAGGACAUAGCUUUUAUAAUGGCCUUGGAUUUUCCUCUUCACCGGGUCCGGUAGGCAUGCCUUUGCCUAGUCAGGGACCUGGUCACUCUCAGACUCCUCCACCAUCUUUGUCUUCUCAUGGCUCCUCUUCAAGCCUAAACCUUGGAGGUCUCACAAAUGGAAGUGGCCGUUACAUCUCUGCUGCCCCCGGAGCUGAAGCCAAGUACCGGAGUGCAAGCAGCGCUUCCAGUCUCUUCAGUCCCAGCAGCACCCUCUUCCCGUCCUCGCGUUUGCGCUACGGGAUGUCCGAUGUCAUGCCCUCCGGCCGCAGCAGGCUGCUCGAAGACUUCCGUAAUAACCGGUACCCGAACCUGCAGUUGAGAGAGAUUGCUGGUCACAUUAUGGAAUUUUCCCAGGAUCAACAUGGAUCAAGGUUUAUCCAGCUUAAACUGGAACGUGCCACCCCAGCUGAAAGACAGCUUGUCUUCAAUGAAAUCCUACAGGCAGCCUAUCAGCUGAUGGUUGAUGUCUUUGGAAAUUACGUAAUUCAGAAAUUUUUUGAGUUUGGCAGCCUAGAACAGAAGCUGGCUUUAGCAGAACGCAUCCGUGGCCACGUCCUCUCCCUGGCUUUGCAAAUGUACGGCUGCCGAGUUAUACAGAAAGCUCUUGAGUUUAUUCCCCCAGACCAGCAGGUAAUUAACGAGAUGGUCCGAGAACUGGAUGGCCACGUCUUGAAAUGUGUAAAAGACCAGAAUGGAAAUCAUGUUGUGCAAAAAUGCAUUGAAUGUGUGCAGCCACAAUCCUUGCAGUUUAUAAUUGAUGCAUUUAAGGGGCAGGUGUUUGCCUUGUCAACCCAUCCCUAUGGCUGCCGGGUCAUUCAGAGGAUCCUUGAACACUGUCUACCUGAACAGACCCUCCCUAUCCUGGAAGAGCUUCAUCAACACACAGAUCAGCUUGUGCAGGAUCAAUAUGGGAACUAUGUUAUCCAACAUGUACUUGAACAUGGGCGACCUGAAGAUAAAAGCAAGAUAGUGGCAGAAAUUAGAGGCAACGUGCUUGUACUGAGUCAGCACAAAUUUGCCAGCAAUGUGGUGGAGAAAUGUGUCACGCAUGCCUCCCGCACUGAACGAGCCAUGCUGAUUGAUGAGGUGUGUACUAUGAACGAUGGCCCUCACAGUGCCUUAUACACCAUGAUGAAAGAUCAGUAUGCCAAUUACGUGGUACAGAAAAUGAUUGAUGUGGCAGAGCCGGCCCAAAGGAAGAUUGUGAUGCACAAGAUCCGACCUCACAUUGCCACUCUCCGCAAAUACACGUACGGGAAACACAUCUUGGCCAAGCUGGAGAAGUAUUACAUGAAGAACGGGGUUGACCUUGGGCCUAUUUGUGGACCACCCAACGGCAUCAUCUGAAACACUGAGCUGCGGAAGAGAAUUUGUCACCAUAGUACCUGGAAUUCACAACCAGCAACCUGUCAAGCUCUAAUAUAUACUUUGAAAAAUAUUCACGGUUGCUCAACAUAAUAGAUUUUACGAGAAUGACAAAAUAAAACUAGUCAACAAAUUUAAACAGAAAAAAGCUGGGAGGGGGAGGGGAGGAAAAAAAAAACCUUUGUAAAUUUCUUUAAUUUUAUCCUGCAUAACAUGUACUAAUUAUUUUUUUAAAUUGCCCUGCUGUUUCAGUGGUGUAUAGAAUUCUUGUACAUAGGCAACAGAUGUACAUGGAAAGCCACAUUUUUGUUCACUGAUGUAACUAUUUCAAAUAUGGAAACUUUCAAAGUGGCUAAUAUGAAAUUAAAAAAACCCUGUUUUUAACUCCUCUACCUUACAGGAGAGCUUUUUGGAAACAACUGUUUUGUUCUCUUUUAAGUCCACUCUCAAGGAGCAGUUUUAGUUAAAUUGCGCAGAUCUGCAUUUAACACUGUUUAUAAAUUUAAAAAAAAAUAAUCAGUUUGCUAAAGCUUCAAUUUAAGGUAAGUUUUUAAGUUUCACAGACUUUUAAAAAAAUUCCUUUUUCAUAGUACAAAGUGCUAAAGAAUUGAGCUUAGCAGUCAACUUUGGGGGGAAAACAUACACACCAAGAGUUUUUUUAAAUAGCUGGUUGGUGUGUGGUUACUGCCUACUACAGUUCUUCUGUUAACACAGAGGCAAUUUUUUUUAAUUAUUUAGCAUGUAGAAAAAAAAAUCCAAUUCAACUUUGGUCUUGCUUCUAUAAAUAUAUAGUGUAUACUUGGUGUAGACUUUGCAUAUAUAAAAAUUUGUAGUAUUUUCUUGUUUUGAUGUCUAAUCUGUAUCUAUAAUGUACCCUAGUAGUGGAACAUACUUUUGAUUGUACAAUUGUACAUUUGUAAACCUCUGUAAUGUAAAUGUGGAGAAGUUUGAAUCAACAUAAACCCAUUUUUGGUAAGAAAAUAAAUUAGCAAAACCUGUGCAUUUCAGUGUAUAUUCACCCCUUUUAUGGUCGUAGCAUAUAGUGUUGUAUAUUGUAAAUUGUAAUUUCAACCAGAAGUAAAUUUUUUUCUUUGGAAGGAAAUGUUCUCUUUAUACAGCCUGGUUAAUGUUUAAAAGAAAAAUGCUUGGUUUUUUUUUUUAAUUUGUCACCUAGUCAAGAGAGUAGCAAUCCUUUCUAAAUGUUACACACAAACAAAUGAUUCAGUUAAAAAAAAUAGUGUUUAUUUGACUCUUUGAAAAAGAAAAGCAAUGUUUUAUUUUGUGGCAGUAAAAAAAAAAGACACACCCCUUAUUCCUUUUCAAUCAGAGUCCCUCUUUCACCUUGUAAAGUGUGAAAUCACUUUGCCUUUUUGUACAGAAGAUAAACUGUAUUUUGCAUUUUGUCUACUUGUAAGUGAAUGUAACAUACUGUCAAUUUUCCUUGUUUGAAUAUAGAAUUGUAACACUACACGGUGUACAUUUACAGAGCCUUGUGUAUAUUUCCAAUGAACCUUUUUGCGAGCACACUUGUAACCAUAUGUGUAUAAUUAACAAACCUGUGUAUGCUUAUGCCUGGGCAACUAUUUUUUGUAACUCUUGUGUAGAUUGUCUCUAAACAACGUGUGAUCUUUAUUUUGAAAAAUACAGAACUUUGGAAUCUGGA